CAGCAUGAGUUCCAGCCAGAUUUCACUCCAAAUGAAACAUCGGAGAGUUUACAUACAGAAGACACCUUCAAAAUGUGGUGAAUGUGGAAAAUUCUUUACACAAAGAUCAUCUCUUACCCAGCAUCAGAGGAUUCACAGAGGAGAGAAGCCCUAUGUAUGCAGUGAAUGUGGAACUUGUUUCCGUAAACAGUCAAAUCUUACUCAACAUCUAAGAAUUCAUACAGGGGAGAAACCAUUUAAAUGUCAUGAAUGUGAGAAAGCCUUUCAAACAAAAGCAAUCCUUGUCCAGCAUCUGAGAAUUCAUACGGGAGAGAAACCCUAUAAAUGCAAUGAAUGUGGAAAAGCCUUUUGUCAGAACCCAUCCCUUAUUAAACACCAGCGAAUUCAUACUGGAGAGAGACCUUAUAAAUGUACAGAAUGUGGCAAAGCCUUCAGUCAGAGUGUAUGCCUCACUCGUCAUCAGAGAAGUCAUUCUGGAGAUAAACCUUAUAAGUGUAAAGAAUGCGGGAAGGCCUUUAAUCAGAGUGCUUGCCUCAUGCAGCAUCAGAGAGUUCACUCAGGAGAGAAGCCCUACACGUGUGCUGCAUGUGGCAAAGCCUUUGCUCAGAGCUCUUCCCUUGUUGAACAUGAAAGGACUCACACUGGAGAGAAACUCUUUAAGUGCAGUGAGUGUGAAAAAACUUUCCGCAAGCAAGCACACCUUAGUGAGCACUACAGGAUUCAUACUGGAGAAAGACCUUAUGAGUGUGUUCAAUGUGAGAAAUCCUUUAGGCACAGUUCAGCACUUAUUCGACACCAGAAACUUCAUGCUAGAAAUUAAAAUUUGGAAUUUUAAUGAGUAUGGUAAAGUUUGUGUGAAAACACCCUUCCCCACCCCACCCCAGAUUCUUGGGAAUUUAAGACUGAAUCUGCAGCUGGGAUGAAUAUUUUGUAUUUUGAACAGGCAAAGUUAAGAAAUAGACCUCAGAAUUAAAGUUUGAUGCCUUCUCUAACACUUAAUGGGUGUAUGACCUUGUUAUUUCUGAAACUCAUUUUCCUCACCUCCCCCAAAAGAAUAAUUCUUACAUUUGCCUUGAGAAUAAAAGUUGCAUAUGACA